GCUGGUGGAAAGUCGCUGCAUCGAAUCACAGCAUCCUCCCUCAUCAUCGAUGGAGACGCGCUAUGCGGUGAUCAACCGGCAGCAUGGCAUUAAUGAGAGAAAAAGAAUUCGAUAUCGAUGGGAUCGAAGGGCGACAAAGCAACGCUGGUUCCGCAUAGUUUCUGACUCGGAACUUUCCACUAAAGAGAUUUCCACAAUCGCUUGAUGUUUGAAAUAUUUACAAUUCAGGCAUUCAAAAUGAAGUACGUUGCUUGCGGAUCUGCGUUCCGAAACGGUUACGGUUGUCGAAGGAUCUAUCGAUCGACCUUGCACGAUCUACAGCGGCUCUCUAUGGUUCGGCUUGUUAACGAUCUUUCACACACGCCCUAUUCACCACAUUAUUAUCAGCCACGCCUCACGCCAUUUUCGCGUAGUUGUUCGUAUAACGCGGAGGGGAUAAAAGAGAAAGAGAGAAUGAGUUUGCCAAGAGAAAACAAUCCGGCUUUCUUGCUUUAUGUUCUCCCCAAAUCGUUGCCACCAGCUAUCCGGUAGCUGACGACGAUCGGUCUCGGUCGUAACUCUGACUCGCGACAAGACUCGUGAUUUAUGGCGGCAACAAAGACGAAUUCACACGCGGGAGCCGUCGUUUUCAAACCCUUAUAAAUGCGGUUCGUAGAAAGUGUGAAUACAAUGACGUUUUGCCAGGAAUGUUAGAUAUAUAGUACAGUAUGACAGUCCAUUCAACUGCACGCAAAUUACACGAACUAGUUUACUUACUUUUCUUGAUAGCUUUCAACUCGGUAAAUUAGAA